AAGUUAAGGGGAAGUGAUCCCAAAGUCCAUUCUAAAGUUAACCAUGGUUAAGUUAACUUAACCCUGGUUGAGUUAACACCGGUGUAGGUGUAGUAGCACUAGCAUGUGUCAACUCCGAAUGUCUUUCUCUUUGUUCGCAUUUUAUUCUCACAACUUAUAAUUACAAUUCUUCUUCCACCGUCAUAUUUACUCGCCGGCCACCGUCCUCCGCCGAUCAUCCUCGCCGGAGUAAUCUCAAUUCUCCAUUCUCGUUUUCCCCUCAAUUUCCAUUACAUUUUUGUCACGAAUUCAAAAAAAAAAAUAUUGCAGUUAUUUUCGUUGUUGUUGCGGUUUCAGUUCUGGAAAUCGUUGUGCUGAGAAAACCAAGGGUGUUGUUUCUUCUUGAAUUCAAUUUUACUGUGUGUUUUGUGGCUGCAUUGGUGGUGAAUAGUGUGAGUAGUUAAUAGGUUUGAUCCGGUGUCGUUUUGAGAAUUCGGAUCUUGAAGUUUUCUGUUGGAGGAGAAUUAGGGUUUAUUGAUUUCAUUGAUUGAAUCUGGAAUUAGGGUUUAUUGUUUAUUUUUUCUGUAUGAAGAAAUUGGAGUAAGAACAAGAUGUGUAAGCCAGAGAGUAAUAGCAACAAGUGGCAAGAUUUGAGUUGGUUGGGUUUGAAUUUGAAGGUUCAAAAGGAGAGAGUUGGUUCUGGUUCAGGUUCUGGUUCGGGUUCUGGUUCGGGUUUAGGUUCUGGUUCGGGAAGGAGUAGAAUGAAACUAUGGAUGAUCCGUGCAACUUCAUCGGUGAUAUUAUGGACUUGCAUCGUUCAAUUAACAGCUAUAGGUGAUUUGUGGGGUCCUAGAGUUCUUAAAGGAUGGCCUUCGUGUUUCACUCAUGAAUCUGCUUCGAAUUCCAGAGCUAUGGAUAUUCAGUUUCCUUCUUCACGUCCACCACUUUUACCUCCCAAGAGAGUUUAUAAAAACAAUGGAUACUUGAUGGUUUCAUGCAAUGGAGGACUGAACCAAAUGAGAGCAGCGAUUUGUGAUAUGGUUGCCAUUGCUAGACAUUUAAAUGUCACACUUAUAGUCCCUGAGCUUGAUAAAACAUCCUUUUGGGCUGAUCCUAGUGAGUUCCAAGACAUAUUUGACGUGGAUCACUUUAUUACAUCCUUGAGAGAUGAGGUUCGGAUAUUGAAGGAGUUGCCAACUAGACUCAAACUGAAAGUGGAACACGGUUUUCUUUAUAGUAUGCCACCCAUUAGUUGGUCUGACAUAUCUUACUAUAAGAACCAGAUUCUACCCUUGAUACAAAAGUACAAAGUUGUCCAUUUAAAUAGAACGGAUGCUCGGCUAGCCAAUAAUGGUCAACCUCUAGAGAUUCAGAAGCUGCGUUGCAGAGUUAAUUUUAGUGCUCUGAAAUUUACUCCUCAGAUAGAGGAGUUGGGGAGAAAGGUGAUCAGUCUUCUAAGAAAAAAUGGUCCAUUUCUGGUACUUCAUCUGAGGUAUGAGAUGGACAUGUUAGCAUUUUCUGGCUGUACUCAAGGUUGUAACAGUGAGGAGGUGGAAGAGUUAACAAGAAUGAGAUAUGCUUAUCCUUGGUGGAAAGAGAAAAUAAUCAAUUCUGAUUUGAAAAGAAGAGAUGGUUUAUGUCCUCUAACACCUGAGGAGACUGCCCUUACACUAAGGGCUCUUGACAUUGAUCGGAACAUUCAAAUCUACAUUGCAGCCGGUGAAAUAUAUGGUGGAGAAAGGAGAACGACAAGCCUUUCAAAGGAGUACCCAAAAUUGGUCAGGAAGGAAACACUGUUGGAGCCAUCCGACCUUCGUUUCUUUCAAAAUCAUUCAUCUCAGAUGGCAGCAUUGGAUUAUCUUGUCUCACUAGAGAGUGAUAUUUUUGUUCCCACAUAUGAUGGAAAUAUGGCCAAAGUAGUUGCGGGCCAUCGCAGAUAUCUUGGGUUCAAGAAGACAAUUUUAUUGAACCGAAAGCUCUUAGUUGAUUUAAUUGAUCAGUACAACAAUGGAUUACUGAACUGGGACCAAUUUUCUUCAGCCGUGAAGGAAUCUCACGCUAAUCGCAUGGGCAACCCUAGUAAAAGGUUGGUAAUCCAUGAUAAGCCCAAAGAAGAGGAUUAUUUCUAUUCCAACCCGGAGGAAUGUUUAGAACCAUCAAAUGAUCUGUUGAGUCGCACGUGACAUUGUGUCUGAAAAAAUAAUUGAAUUUUACAUGUACCAUCUCCUGGUACACUUGGUUUUCUACCACAGAUAUGUUGUGGUAGUUCUCUACCCAGAUUUAGCAAACACAACAACUUUUUUGUAUGAAAAAAAGAGGCAGACAAAAGAAAAGAAGGUGGGGUGGGAGGGAUAGCCUUCACAGAAGUUCAAGUCAAGCAAAUCAGCCAGGGGAUACUUUAUAUUUUAUAUGUAUAAUAUAAUAAAUAUAAGCAAUAAUCCAUUAAAUUCAUGUAUAGUAGCAACCCUGACAUUGCAGGGUGAGUGAGUUUAAACAGCAGUGUACAUGGAGGAAUUCAUAUUCAUAUACAAAUUUGGAUUACUGGA